UUCAAGUACACGAUGGACCCGUCCGCUGCUGAACUUGACACGGACGACCGCCUCGACGUUGAAAACCACGAAGGUGUUGACGAGGAGCAUGACGCGGAAGACAAGGCUUCCCAACCGACGGUGUCGCGUGAAGACCUUCCGCCCGCGCCGACUCGGCCACCCGUCCCGCUCCAUGACAUGCUGCAGCGCGCGGUGCAACUGCAGCUGAUUCACGCCAACACGUUGACCGACUUUAUCGCUCGAAGCUCCGCCGCAGGCAUCCCCAUGCCCAUGAUCCCGCCAGUCCAGGACACCCCAUCCACAGUGAACGACACCGAGCCGUUCACCCCGCUCAUUCGAUUAAACGUGAACCACAACCGCGCGACCUUUGGCGACUUUAAGCUCCUUGCGUUUGCCCUGAAGCGUCUAGCGAUGCUCUCUGGCUUCGAAAUCCGCGUCAAGUACUCGUCCAAGCGCAACAAACGCUGGGAAUGCCGGGUCAGAGAGUGCCCGUUCCUUCUCAGCGGAUACCGCAACAAGGACAACAAGGUGCACGUGACGGACAUCGAGCUCAUGCACAACCACGCGCUGAGCCACCCGCUGUACCCGUCCGCGCCUGCCGACGGAGCCACCGACGACGACGGAGUGCCCAAGAGUUCCGAAAAGGUGGCGCGCAACACGACGCUGUCGAUCGAGCUCGUGCUAGCGAGUAUGUUCGACUCGGAGACUGGGCAAGACGUGAUGACCAAGGACCCCGAGGAGAUGAGGCUCAAGUACAUCCAGUCGAUGCUGCUCCAGCAGUACGGCGCGACCAUCUCGACGUCCAUGGCAUCUCGCGCCAAGAAGAAGUUCGUCGACAUGUUCUACGAGCCAUCCUCUGCCAGCUACCAGCUAUUGCGGCCGUACUUUGAAAAGUGUGUGGCUGCCAAUCCUGGCUCAUUUUACCUCAUUGACCACAUCCCGACCGUCACUCCCACCGGCGCCUUUGAGUACGGCAGAUGUCUGCUUGGCGUGGGUCCCGCGUUUCGCAUGCUGCCCGAUGCCGCGCCCGUGAUUGUGUUGGAAGCCGCGCCCAUGAACUCGGACAUGAAUAAAAUUGGCUAUUUGCUCGUGGCCAGCACCCGAGACUAUAACAACGAGCCCAUAUAUUUGGCUUUGGCCCAUGUCCCCGCCACAGACGACGUCAACUGGGCGUGGUUCCUCCAGCAUCUCAAGGACAACAACAUCCCUAUCUCCAAGCACACGACGUUCCUCACGGACGGUUCUAUGGCGGUGACUCAGGCACUGCUGCAAGUGUUUCCGUACCAGCCCCAUCGGUAUGCGAUUUUGCAAUUGCUUCAAAUGGUGUGUCAGAUGAGCGGCCAAGCGCGCCUCACGCCCGAAGAAGAGCAUUUGGUGCUUCAGAUGGCCAGCAGCCUCAACAUGGACCGGUACAUGGAGUCGUUUUCGCUGCUGUGGUCGCUCAACAAGGACCUGUGUCGAUGCUUGGAAGGCAUCCCCAAGGAACACUGGGUCGUCGCAGCCAUGAUCGAGCGCGGGUGGCCGACACUUCGCGACAUAUCCCUGCGACACUGUGUCGGGGACUUCGCCAAGUCGACGCUGGGCAGCCUCAUGUGCAGCUGCAACCUCGUCCCAUGCUUCUACCUCCUUCUUCUGUCGCUCCAUCGGGCGUCCGUCGCCCGCUUCAACGCCAUCGCCCUCCACAGCGACCUAGUUCUGCUCCCGUACCAGCAGAGCGUGCUCAACCAGCGCCUCUCCGAGUCCGCGCGCUUUGAGAUCGUCGAGUGCCGGCCCCAGGAAGUGUACUUUGCACACGUCUUGUCCAAUGUGCACCACAAGGCAUACAAAAUCGUCAACGUGCGCGAUAACUCGUGCACAUGUGGCGACUGGCAGCAGUUCCAUCUGCCGUGUACCCAUGGCCUCGCCGUCUUUGCCGCGCUCGGGCGAAAUGUAUGGGAAUGUAUCCACGACCAGUACUUUGUGCGAAAGCAUAAACUGCUCUAUUCGUUGUCGAGAAACACCCCCGUGGUGUCGCCGUCGCCAGUGGACUUGACGCCCGACCACUCGAUGGACGCCCCCGCGGCGAUGCUGGAAAUCAUCCGCAACCGACAAGAACAAGGAGCUACGCCCGACGGGACCAACAAGAGCAAGCCAGGACCCCGCCCCAAGAAACGAAAGGAAAUCAGCAACAAUCCCCCCCCCGAGGGCGUGAUCGUGUAGUGUAGGUUGGGGGUUUCGGGGUUUGGGAGUUUCGGGGUUUAUUUCAACACGGUGGCCCCGAACGCCUUGGCAUACGCGACCCCCGCGGCGUCCUUGAGCUUUCCCGCGGACGCCGCCACCUUUUCCGCCCCCGGGCGCAUCUUUUCCCCGAUUGCGUCAGUGGUUUUUUGGGUUUUGGUCAAUAAAUCUCGUUUCUGAAGGUCGUCUUUCAAGUCGGCCACGCGGUCGCCCACCUUGUAAAUGGAAAAGUCCACUACAAACAUAAGUCUUGC